CGCCACGGGAGCGCGCCUGCGCUCCUGUUACGCGCUUACUACCAACAGGCAGGGAAUUCAUGGGAGGAAGUAACUGAGAUUCGGACACGAACAACAACUCCACACGGUGCCAGAAACGACAGUUAGCUCUAAAUGAGAUGCAAAAACUUAAUCUCUGUUUCCCCCAGAUGGACUAGAAGCGCCGGGUCUGCGCAGAUGGAGGCGGCGAGAAGUUUGCUGUUUGUCGGGGCCGUACUGCUCGGAGUGACGGGCGCUUCAGGCAGAGAAGUCUGUCGGGGUACAGACAUGAAGCUGGCCCUGCCCUCCAGCCUGGAAAACCACUAUGAGACUCUGAGGCUGCUCUACACCGGUUGCCAGGUUGUUCAUGGAAACUUGGAGAUUACACACCUCCAUGGAAACCCUGACCUCUCCUUCCUGCAGGGGAUUGUGGAGGUACAGGGUUAUGUACUCGUUGCUCAUGUUUCUGUGAGCCUGUUGCCCUUAGACAGCCUUCGGAUCAUAAGAGGCAGCCAGUUGUACAACUCCAGCUACGCGCUGGCUGUGCUGGAUAACACUCACGCCGGUCAGGGGCUGAGGACGCUCCGGCUACGUAGCCUCACAGAGAUCCUGCUGGGUGCAGUGUAUAUUUGGGGGAACCCCCAGCUGUGCUUCCCAGACCCCCAGAACAUCAAUUUGACGGACAUCUUGGAUGAGCAGAAUGGCCGUGCCAAGGAACACCGACUGCAGCCUCGGCCUCCUAACUGUCCAAGUUGUUCGCCUGCAUGUGGGAAAAGAUGCUGGGGAGAGACUCCUCAGGAUUGCCAAACUCUGACCCGAGCUAAAUGUGCGUCUGGCUGCCAGCGAUGUAAAGGUCCUCUACCCAACGACUGCUGUCACCUGCAGUGUGCAGCUGGAUGCACUGGACCCAAAGACUCAGACUGUCUGGCUUGUCGUCACUUCAACGACAGCGGUGUAUGUAAAGAGAACUGUCCACUGCCCACCACCUAUGACCCCGUCACGUUUCAGUCCCAAUCCAACCCACAUGGGAAGUUUAACUUUGGAGCGACCUGUGUCAAGACGUGUCCUUAUAAUUAUCUGGCGUUGGAAGUGGCCUGUACUUUAUCUUGCCCCCCAAACAACCAGGAAGUUGUCGUCACCCAACCUGACGGGACGGAGACGCAGAAAUGUGAUAAGUGUGAAGGAGACUGUCCCAAAGUGUGUUUCGGCCCGAGUACAGACAACAAUGGUGUCACCGACAGCAGCAGCAGCAUCGCCGUAGUAACGCCUUCCAAUGUGGAGGAGUUCAACAAGUGCACGAAGAUUUUCGGUAGCCUGGCCUUCCGCUCUGAGAGCUUCUCAUGGGAUCCUGCGAAGAACACCUCAGGCCUGACUUUGGAGCAGCUGAGUGCCUUCAGGACUCUGGAGGAGAUCACAGGUUAUCUCUACAUUGAUGCCUGGCCAGAGCAGUGGACCAACCUCAGUGUGUUUGAGAACCUGAAGGUGAUCAGAGGCACGAUGCUCUACAAGGGUGUGUUUUCACUGGCCAUCCAGAAUCUGCAAAUCGAGUCUCUCGGGUUGCGGUCGCUGCGCAGCGUCAGUGGAGGUUUGGUCUUGAUUUACAACAACACACAGCUGUGCUACACCAACUCACUGCCAUGGCAGAAUCUCCUCCAUCCCACCCAGGGUCCGCACCGCAUCGUCAGCCACAACCAGGACCCUGCAGUCUGUGAGAAAGAGGGGAAUGUUUGUCACCCCCUUUGUAAGGCGGGCUGUUGGGGUCCGGGGCCCAGCCAGUGCGUGUCCUGCCAAACUUUCCAACGUGGCACCGAGUGUGUAGAGCAGUGUGAUCUCUAUCAGGGGCCCGUACGUGAAUACAUAGAUGGAUCUAAGUGUGUUGCCUGUGAUCCACAGUGUCGACCCCUCAAUGGCUCAGAGUCCUGCCACGGGCCGGGUGCUCAACAUUGCACGGAGUGUCGGAAUUUCCAGGACGGCGAGUAUUGCGUGGAUCGGUGUCCCAGUGGCGUCAAGGGCGAUCUGCAUACUGUGUGGAAAUACAGCAAUUCCACGGGACACUGUCUGCCAUGCAAGACCAACUGCACGCCACCCUGCACUGUGAAGGAUGAACGAGGCUGCCCCAUUGAUACCAGGACAGGACCUGGCACGUCCAUCGCGGCUGCAGUGGGUGGGGUGGUGCUCUUCAUUAUCCUGCUGGCUCUGCUGGUCUUUUACUUGAGGAGACAGAAGAAGCUAAAGAGGAAGGAGACAAUGAGGAGGAUCCUGCAGGAGCACGAGCUGGUGGAGCCUUUGACGCCGAGUGGUGCUUCACCCAAUCAAGCUCAGAUGCGUAUAUUGAAAGAGACCGAGCUGAAAAAACUCAGGGUGCUGGGUUCGGGGGCCUUUGGCACUGUUUACAAGGGAAUUUGGGCUCCUGAUGGGGAAAAUGUGAAAAUCCCAGUGGCGAUUAAGGUUUUGCGUGAGAACACCUCACCAAAAGCCAACAAAGAAAUCCUCGAUGAGGCAUAUGUGAUGGCGGGCGUUGCCAGCCCGUACGUGUGUCGUCUCCUGGGGAUUUGUCUCACCUCUACUGUGCAGCUGGUCACUCAGCUGAUGCCGUACGGCUGCCUCCUCGACUACGUCAGAGAGAACAAGGACCGCAUUGGUUCGCAGUUCCUACUCAACUGGUGUGUCCAGAUUGCCAAGGGGAUGAGUUACCUGGAGGAGGUUCGUUUGGUCCACAGAGAUUUGGCAGCCCGCAAUGUCCUGGUGAAGAACCCGAAUCACGUGAAGAUCACCGACUUUGGUCUGGCCCGUCUGCUCGAUAUAGACGAGACGGAGUAUCACGCCGAUGGAGGGAAGGUGCCAAUCAAAUGGAUGGCCUUGGAGUCUAUCCUGCACAGGAAGUUUACUCACCAGAGUGAUGUAUGGAGCUACGGGGUAACUGUCUGGGAGCUGAUGACGUUUGGCUCUAAGCCCUACGACACGAUUCCAGCAAGAGAUAUCCCAGAGGUUUUAGAGGGGGGCGAGCGGCUUCCCCAACCCCUUAUCUGCACCAUUGAUGUCUACAUGAUCAUGGUCAAAUGUUGGAUGAUUGAUCCUGAGAGCAGGCCGAGAUUCAAAGGCCUGGUCAAUGAUUUUAGUGCCAUGGCUAGAGAUCCUACUCGCUAUGUAGUUAUUCAGAAUGAUGAAGAGAUGAGCAAGUGCAGCCCAGUGGACAGUGAGUUUUACAGGAUGCUUCUGAGGGAAGAUGAAAAUAUUGUGGAAAUGAUGGAUCCUGAGGAGUACCUGGUGCCAAAUACAAGGAAAGGGGACGAGCCCCAGGCCAAUGGACUAUCCAGACACCAGUCAUACAGGCAGAGCAGAGAUCAUAGCUUAGAUAUGGACCCUUCCAACACUGCUGGGCCUCGGAACCUUCACUCCUCCCUGACUGGAAUCAGCCACGCCCAGUACCCAACCUUAACAAUGGGAGCGAGCGCCUCUAACAGUGUGUGGCCUCAGUAUCCAAUGCUGGCUCGCAGCACCUCAGCUGGAGGUCAGUCUGACUCUGUCUUCCUGGAUGCACCUACAGACGGCCACUCCUUGGCACCAGCCAGCCCCGGACGCUACAGCAAAGACCCCACUUUCCCCAACGGGAGCAAGGAUGAUCUAGAAACUGAUGGGUGGAAUGGUUUUCCCCAUCCUUAUCUUCACCACUCACUACCCCGGCGGAGUCACGCCAUUCAAAAUCAUCCCCUGCCAGAGUACGUCAACCAAGAAAUUCAGGAUCUCAGGCCAGGGUUCCCUGAGCGGCCCAGCACACUGCCUCGAAAAUCCAGAAUAGACCGCCGGCUUCCUAACGGCCUAAGUUCAGGUCACAGUGUGGAAAACCCAGGGUAUUUGAUCCCAGUGAACUCCACCUCUCCGGCCUUUGACAACCCAUACUAUCUGGACCUCGGGCCCAAGGCGAUUCCCGGGGCUGUGGCGGGGGACGGCCCAGCAGGACUGGAAAGCAACGGAGGAGUAACCAGACAUAUGAACGGUUUUGUGACACCGACUGCAGAAAAUCCAGAAUACUUAGGAUUAGCAGACACUUGGAGUGGGCAUACUUGAGGAUAGGGACGGUGAGACUAUAAAGGAGACACAGACGGAGUCUCACUGAGGGAAACUGGAGAGUGGGAAGAUGAACAUUUACAUAGCAAAAAUAAGCGGAGCUGCGAACGUGCAACUGGAAUCUUCUCACUCUGUCUGGAGAAGCAGCGGCAUCCGAACUGAUCGAGGUUGUCCCUAAAUGCCACGUUAUUAGUACCCAGUUGUAACACGCAUGGACUCAACACAGUGUAGCAUUCAAGUGGUGCCUGUGGCACCAUUUGUAUUCAUGUCUUCCUCUAAACAAUCUGUGACUGUUAACUGC